UCUAUGGAGUUAAAAUGUCAUCUUUACUGACGACACCUCCUAAAAGGCCUGAAUGCAGCAUCACUGUGAGGGAUCCUGUACCUCCAAAAAACACACCCACAAAGGAGGCGGAGCUGAACACUGCCCCUGCUUCAGAGCUGAAUACUGAGCUGGACAAUUUCAGUGUACUACAAAAAUACUACUACACAGAAGAAAAGAAACAAAUCCAGCUGCUUUAGUGGUGUUGUCUGUAAUAUUACUUUAUUUCUGUUUUGAUACAUUAUGAUGAACAUUACAUUGAUCCUGUGUGUGUUUUCCUUCAGACUCGAUCCCAGAAAAAGCCCAGGGAACCGGUCAGAUUCUUCAUUCCCCUGAUGGAAGAGGAGAAAGAGGAGGCAAAGAAAGCCAACAUCAGUUUUGGUGAUUUCUUGUCUGACCACCAGACGCUUACAGGGGGUGACAUUGUGGAGACUCCUGCCCCUCUACAAACCACACCCCCAAAGGAUCUCCACAAGAGACCAGGCCUGCUCCUCUUCUCCAUCCCUCCAGAGGAGGAAGUGCAGCAGAAGACGGAGAAAGUCAACACACACAGGAGAAAGAAACAAAACAAGGCUAAGGUGCAGAAGGUAGAAAAGAGUUUUAAUCCUGUUGUUAGUUACUGAAAUACAGUGAACUUUUCUUGUCUUGGACUUGCGUUGUUCAAAGCACAUCAUUAAUGAAAGUGUACAGUGCUGGUUUGACUUUAUUUGUAGUGACUUUUAUCAAGAAUAUAUACACAUUACUUUAGGAACAAGUCUCAUGUGUUACAGUCUCACCUGUUUAGCUUAAUAACUGUUUAAAUACUGAAUGACUUAACACUGGGAGAUAUUAAAGCCUAGUUUAGUCCAGUAGUUUUAGUGCUGUAGCUUGUACUAUUACUUUAGAACCAUUACAUUGAUCCUGUGUGUGUUCUUCCAUCAGACUCGAUCCCAGAAAAAGCCCAGGGAACCGGUCAGUUUCUUCAUUCCCCUGAUGGAAGAAGAGAAAGAGGAGGCAAAGAAAGCCAACAUCAGUUUUGGUGAUUUCUUGUCCGACCACCUGGCGCUUACAGGGGGUGACAUUGUGGAGACUCCUGCCCCUCUACAAACCACACCCCCAAUGGAGACUGAGCCAAACAACACUCCUGAGCCUGCUCCUGUUGAGGUCCAGCCUUCAGAGCCUCAUCCCUCUGCCUCUCCUAGUAACCCAAAAGAGAGGAAGAAGUACAAUCGGGAAUUCCUGCUGCGUUUACGCUUCGUCAGUGCCAGCAUGCACAGACCCGAGGGUUUUCCGGACAUCCCCGGCGUCGUUCUGGACAAGUGUGAGCUUAAAAAGCCAAACAAGAUCACCACCAGCGUGUCUCUGAAUGAUGACAUGCAACUGGACAAGGCUGAGAGAGCCUGGAAGCCGGCGAUGGAAAAAGUCCCGCAGCGACGAAGAUGA